UUGUGUUUCAUAUGGCACUCUGUGAGGAAGUCCGCUGUCGACGCACAUCCAGCUGUUUUGAAUAGUCGGUGUCUCAGGGGGCUUCAUGGUGGGGACUCUGUGCGCGAGCCCAGCGUUUCGGGCAGGAUCUGAACAGCAGGAUGUGAGUAACAGGAAGUGACAGAAAUCACCGAGUAUGCCAGAUGCUUAUUCUCGGCCACCUUUCCAAGCUCUGCGGGCUGGGGAGCUAUAUUUAGGUUGGGGAGGCUUCCAGGUUCCUGGUCCGGUCCCGGCACUGUCCUUUUGCUCCUCUUGGUCAGCGGCUGACCUCCACGGGGCUGGUUGGUUUCUCCGGCGUCAGUGGUCUGCCUUGGUGGGCCCCAGGCUCUUGUCCAUCGAUUUUAAAACUCUGGUUUUGUGUUUUGUUGGGCCAAUUCAAUUCUGAUCCAUUUUGAGCAGUUGGAAAAUGUUCUGAAAGAGAAGAGAGUGGCAGGUCAUCACUCCAUGUAGGAAGCUCAUCUUAUGUGCUGAUAACAGAAAAGAAAUGGAAGACUGGAUCGCAGCUCUGAAGACCGUCCAGAACAGGGAGCAUUUUGAGCCGACCCAGUACAGCAUGGACCACUUCUCAGGGAUGCACAAUUGGUAUGCCUGUUCCCACGCGAGGCCGACCUACUGCAACGUGUGUCGCGAGGCCCUGUCUGGGGUCACAUCCCACGGAUUGUCCUGUGAAGUGUGCAAGUUCAAGGCCCACAAGCGGUGUGCUGUGCGUGCAACCAACAACUGCAAGUGGACCACGCUGGCCUCCAUUGGGAAGGACAUCAUCGAGGACGAGGACGGGAUCGCCAUGCCUCACCAGUGGCUGGAAGGGAACCUGCCCGUGAGCGCCAAAUGCACGGUGUGUGACAAGACCUGUGGCAGUGUGCUGCGCCUGCAGGACUGGCGCUGCCUCUGGUGCAAGGUCACGGUGCAUACGGCAUGUAAGGAAUCCUUACUGAGCAAGUGCCCCCUGGGCCUGUGUAAGGUGUCAGUCAUUCCUCCCACGGCUCUCAACAGCAUCGAUUCCGACGGUUUCUGGAAGGCCACAUGUCCUCCAUCCUGCACAAGCCCCUUGUUGGUCUUUGUCAAUUCAAAGAGCGGGGACAACCAGGGCGUGAAGUUCCUCAGAAGAUUCAAACAGCUGCUGAACCCAGCCCAGGUCUUCGACCUCAUGAACGGAGGACCACACCUCGGCUUACGCCUGUUCCAGAAGUUUGACACAUUCCGAAUUCUGGUCUGCGGUGGGGAUGGCAGUGUUGGCUGGGUCCUCUCUGAAAUCGACAGCCUCAAUCUUCACAAACAGUGUCAGCUGGGCGUGCUGCCCCUCGGCACAGGGAACGACCUGGCUCGCGUGUUAGGCUGGGGCUCAGCCUGUGACGACGACACGCAGCUCCCGCAGAUCCUGGAGAAGCUGGAAAGAGCUAGCACCAAGAUGCUGGACCGGUGGAGCGUCAUGGCCUACGAGACCAAACUCCCCCGGCAGGCGUCCUCCUCCACCGUCGUCACCGAGGACUUCAGCGAGGGUUCCGAGGUACAGCAAAUUCUCUUCUAUGAAGACUCGGUUGCAGCUCAUCUUUCUAAAAUCCUGACCUCCGACCAGCACUCGGUGGUGAUCUCAUCGGCAAAAGUGCUCUGCGAGACAGUGAAGGACUUCGUGGCUCGAGUGGGGAAGGCCUACGAGGGGACGACGGAGAGCUCAGAGGAGUCGGAGGUCAUGGCCAAGAAGUGCUCCGUCCUGAAAGAGAAGCUGGACUCUCUCCUCAAGACCUUGGGUGACGAGUCCCAGGCCUCGUCCUCUCUGCCCACCCCACCGCCCACCAUCGCCGAGGAGACGGAAGAUGGAGACGGGGCAGGCAGCGGCUGUGGCUCCACCGUGGACCGCCCGGUGGGGUCGGCGUGCCCAGCCCGGCCGCAGAUAUUCCGGCCUCGGGAACAACUCAUGCUGAGAGCCAAUAGCCUGAAGAAGGCGAUUCGUCAGAUCAUAGAACACACAGAAAAAGCUGUCGAUGAGCAGAAUGCCCAGACCCAGGAACAGGAGAGGAUUGUCUUAGGCCUCUCUGAGUCGGAGGAGAAAAAAGACCUGAAGUCGGAUGACAGAGCGUGCCAUGGCGACAGCUGUGGGGUUACCAAGUGCAGGAGCCUCCGCAAAGUGUCCAAAUCCCCAUGCGAGAAGCUGAUAAGCAAAGGAAGUUUGUCACUGGGCAGCUCUGCCUCUCUUCCUCCCCAGCCAGGAAGCCGGGACAGCCUGCCGGCACUGAACACAAAGAUCCUGUUCCCGAAUGUUCGGGCUGGAAUGUCCGGCUCCUUGCCUGGGGGUUCAGUCAUCAGCCGCUUGCUCAUUAAUGCCGAUCCCUUUAACUCCGAACCAGAAAACCUCGAGUACUACACAGAGAAGUGUGUCAUGAACAACUACUUUGGCAUCGGCCUGGAUGCGAAGAUAUCUCUGGACUUCAACAACAAGCGUGAUGAGCACCCGGAGAAGUGCAGGAGUCGAACCAAGAACAUGAUGUGGUAUGGGGUUCUCGGGACCAAAGAGCUGCUGCACAGAACCUACAAGAACCUGGAGCAAAAGGUGCUGCUGGAGUGUGACGGGCGGCCCAUCCCACUCCCCAGCCUUCAGGGAAUUGCUGUCCUCAACAUUCCCAGCUAUGCCGGAGGGACCAACUUCUGGGGGGGCACCAAGGAAGAUGAUACCUUUGCAGCUCCGUCGUUCGAUGAUAAGAUCUUGGAGGUGGUCGCUGUGUUUGGCAGUAUGCAGAUGGCUGUCUCUCGGGUCAUUAAGCUGCAGCAUCACCGGAUUGCCCAGUGUCGGACAGUGAAGAUUGCCAUCCUGGGGGACGAGGGCGUGCCUGUGCAGGUGGACGGAGAGGCCUGGGUGCAGCCUCCAGGCUGCAUUCGGAUCAUCCACAAGAACCGGGCACAGAUGCUCACCAGAGACCGGGCAUUUGAGAACACCCUGAAGUCCUGGGAGGACAAGCAGAAGUGCGAGCUGCCCCGCCCGCCGUCCUUCUCUCUGCACCCGGAGAUCCUGUCCGAGGAGGAGGCCACCCAGAUGGACCAGUUUGGGCAGGCGGCGGGGGCCCUCAUCCACAGCAUCCGGGAGAUUGCUGAGUGCCACCGAGACAUGGAGCAGGAGCUCGCGCACGCCGUCAACGCCAGCGCCAAGUCCAUGGACCGAGUGUACAGCAGGCCCAGAGCCACGGAGGGGCUGAACUGCAGCUUUGUCCAGGAAAUGGUGAACAACAUCAAGGCGCUGCGCAGCGAGACGGAGCUGCUGCUGGCCGGGAGGAUGGCCCUGCAGUUGGACCCUCCGCAGAAGGAGCGGCUUGGGGCUGCCCUCGCCGAGAUGGACCAACAGCUCAGGAAGCUGGCGGACACCCCCUGGCUGUGCCAGCCCAUGGAGCCCAGCGAUGAAGAGAACGUGAUGCUGGAUCUUUCCAAACGCAGCCGCAGCGGGAAAUUCCGCCUGGUGACCAAGUUUAAGAAGGAAAAAAACAACAAGAACAGAGAAGCGCACAGCAGCCUGGGAGCCCCGGUUCACCUCUGGGGGACAGAGGAGGUUGCUGCCUGGCUGGAGCACCUCAGUCUCUGUGAGUAUAAGGACAUCUUCACACGGCACGACAUCCGGGGCUCCGAGCUCCUGCACCUGGAGCGGAGGGACCUCAAGGACCUCGGCGUGACCAAGGUGGGUCACAUGAAGAGGAUCCUGUGUGGCAUCAAGGAGCUGAGCCGGAGCCCCCCUGCCGCCGAGGCCUAGCGUCCGCCCUCUCGGCCUGUGUCCUCCGCUCCUGCGACUGAGGCCGGGGGGCGCGGAGCGGCCUGGGCCCCUUCUCAUGGUGCUACCCCCUCUGCUCGCGGCAGGAAGCCUCUCAGACCCCGUCCGGGCCAGCUCGCGGGCUUGCACACACCAACACAGCUACCUUCGGACACGCACCUUUUCCAACCUGGCGGCGUGUGGGCCGAAUGGUGCCACCACCUCUCAGCUCUCGCUGACCCGUGUCCUGGGCACUGGGCAUCACAGCAGAGCGGCCUGUCUGGGCCGCAUGCGAUAGUCCUGUGGGCUCCCGUCCACGUGGGGCCGUCUCCCGGGCGUUCAAACGCGACUCAGCUGGCUCUCAGGAGCCAGUGGUGUCCCACUCGGGAAAGUUCGGUGUCCGCCAGCCGCUCUGUGGUUCUUCACAGCAGCCCGAGGCCUCCCACUGCUGAUGUCCUGUUUAUCAACAAGGUCUUCCACGAAGGUCACGCCUUUCCUGGUUUGAAAGAGGCACGGGAGCGUUUCCAGUCCUGUUCCUUUUAAUGCGACAUGAAGAGAAAGGGAAGCUCGCUCCUCAGGACUGUGACUAGGCCGUCAGGGUCUCAAGAUGACAGCGCCGUCCCCUCCCGCCCCCCCAGUGCCUCAGGUCCCUCCUGAGCUGUGUGCAUGGGGACACAGUCCCGUCUGUCCCAGGGCGCCACAGCCUCUGCAGUGCUGUCUAGGGUCGGAAUGCCCGACGGCCGGCGGCCUCCCCGGGCCGCACAGGCUGCUGGCACUAGCUCAGUAUUUCUGUGGGAGAGGAGGCUGCCACCCCGCAGAGCGGCCCUGAGUGGGCAGUCAGGCUGUCCUGAGAACCUCUGAACCUGCAGAUGGCUUGUCGUGUCACACUACCAGGCCCCACGUCCCUGGAGGUGUCAGUGGCCCCGUCACCCCUGCCCCCAGCCCUCACUGCCCUGGACUCUGCCCCCUUCUCCCCUUCAGAGUUGGCCAGACCUCAUAGGGUUCUUGUUCACCCUGGAAAGGGGGAAUCUGUGACCUGCACCCCAGCCGCUGGGUGUGUGGGGGCCCCACACCCCGAAGGGGAGGGCUGAGCAUCAGUGCCUGUGGCUGGGUUGCCGAGCGUGUGAGGGGUUGAGCAGGAGGGCACAGGCGCCGUGCGGAGUCGCCGCAGGAGGCCUCUUGGGGACCCACAGCCGGACAGCAUUUACUUGCCACUUGUUUGCAGACCCCCUACCGGCUCCCGGCCAGGCCUCCCACUGGUGGUCCCGGGUGCUGGGCACAAGCUGAGGCCCUGCCCCUGCCCCUGCCCCAGGGUUCCAUGACCCACUCCAGUGCCCACGUGUGACAUGGUGGUGACACGGUGGUGUUGGGGUGUGUGGUAGAGAAGUCCCAUGUUCUGCUCAUGCCCUCAGCAACCCUGUUGGCGGUAAGACCGGCCGCUGUGUGUCACCCCUCCCUGUGAAGGUGGAGCGAGAAUGAAGGACCAGCAGUCACUCAAUGUCACAUUCGAGAUCAUGGGGACCCGUGCCCGUCGUUUCAGAGCGGGCUGCCCUGUUGGCUUGAGGCGGGGGCACCUGGGGUCCCAGACAGGACAGGCUAGAACUGGGGUGAGGGGGUGGGGGGCGCACCCCAUGCCCUCAGCGCCCUCCCCUUGGGAAACCUUAGGUUUGGGUCAAGUGUGGUGUUUAAAAUUAAUAUGUUGUCAGUGAUUAAAGCAGCACUGUUUACGUAAAAGCCAUUUUUCUAAUUCCAGUAAGUUAGGAGUGAAACGAGUAAACAUGAGUGUCGCAUGAAACUGUCGAUGAAGGGCCAGGUCCCUGUCUGUUGUGAAUCUUUGUUGUUGCACGUGGGGUGCUCCUCUGCCCGCCCCAGGACCCCUGUUGUGUGACGGGCUGUUCCCCCAGAUCCCGCGGGUCUUGCGGUCCUGUCGCUGUGCAGGGAGGAAGGGGGGGGCCCUGGAGUCUUGGAGAAAGGUUUUGUGUCCUCGGGUGGGGCUUACCCUCAUAUUUAUGAUCUUAAUUUAUACGGUGCCCACCGUGGAAGCAGAUGCCUCCUGUAUCGCCGUGUACAUAGUCCACCUCUGAGGUUGUAAAUAAGUUGUUCUGUGUAUAAAUAAAACAAGCCUGUUUUUGAUCUUC